UUCUCUCUUCUAUCCUUGCCUGUCUCGCUUGCGGUUGGUUAGGCCCCUUGACGCUGAUUUAGGCCCGACCCCGGCCCCCGGCUCAAGUCGCUGUGCGGGUGCUGCUGCUACUACUGCUCCCGAGCCCCCGAGAGCUCCCCGAGACACCCCCUGUGCCCCUCAACCCCCAGCACAGCACGCCGCACCCUAGUCUCCGAGGACCUCGUCCACCCCGUCAGCCAGCAGCAGGGGUGAUCGUGACUGCCACCCAAUCGUCUGUUCUGUCAGCUCUGCUGAGUUUGCAACUUGAAUUGUUUGCGUCGGUAGAAGGAGCCAACAACAAACCAUCAACGUGGUCUUGCUGCGGCAGCAGGCAGCUAGCGCCAGUUCCAAAUUUAACCGGCCGGUGCUAUUUUCCCUGUCCUGCUCCAGGACUCAAGGUCCAGGAUGCCACCCCCCAGGAGGAAUCAACAUGCACCGGCCACUCCGACGGGCCGGUUGCGAACGGCGUUCAGCAUGGUCACUUCGCCACAGUUUUGGAAGUCAGUUAUUCUAGACCCUGAAAGAAUUUCGAUCAUGGCAUGUAUUUUACUUGUUAUAGAGGUGGUCCUUAACAUUUUUGUGAUAGAGCGUGUGCGUUACACAGAGAUAGACUGGAAAGCAUACAUGCAAGAGGUGGAAGGUGUUUUGAAUGGUACCUAUGAUUAUUCAGAAUUAAAGGGCGAUACUGGCCCUCUGGUAUAUCCAGCAGGUUUUGUUUAUGUAUACAUGAUAUUUUAUUACGCUACACAGCAGGGUCGGAACAUUAAAAUAGCUCAGUAUAUAUUUUACCUUUUGUAUAUCAUUCUUCUAAUGCUUGUCUUUAGGAUUUACAUCAAGACGAAGAAGAUUCCACCAUUUGUCUUGUUUUUGUCAAUUAUCACGUCUUAUCGAGUUCAUUCAAUUUUUGUCCUGAGAAUGUUCAAUGACCCUAUAGCUAUGAUAUUCUUGUAUGCAGCUAUAAACUGUUUUAUGGAUGGUCGGUGGACACUUGGGAGUAUUGCAUACAGUUUUGCUGUGUCAAUUAAGAUGAAUAUUCUCCUUUUUGCACCUGCCCUGCUAAUUUUGUAUCUUACAUCUCUAGGUAAAAAGGGUACUGUUAUCCAGCUAUCAAUUUGCGCAGCUCUGCAACUUCUAUUAGGGCUACCAUUCCUAAUUGCAAAUCCUGUUGCCUACCUCGUUGGUGCAUUCAAUGUGGGACGUGUAUUUAUGUAUAAGUGGACUGUGAAUUGGAGGUUUCUCCCUGAGGAGAUAUUUGUCAACAGGGGUUUCCAUUUAUUUCUCCUUGGACUUCAUAUGCUUUUGCUUGCACUGUUCCUUCCUGAAUGGAUCACAUACUUCAAAAGUUUUGCUCGGUUGCGACAAGUGAAAGAUGAUUUGUUCUCCAAGCAAAAAGAAAAACCCACUAAGAAAAAGAGCAAUGAUCAGAAGCAGAUGAAAGUCAACAUGGAUGUGACAUCUAGACUCCUGCUGCUACCAUUGUUCACAGCUAAUCUCAUAGGGAUUACUUGUGCACGGUCUCUCCACUACCAAUUUUAUGUUUGGUAUUACCAUACCUUACCCUACCUAGUUUGGAGUUGUCCCUUCACCAUUCCUAUGAGGCUUUCCUUGUUAGGAGUCCUGGAGUUGUGUUGGAAUACAUAUCCAUCUACUGACAUGAGCAGUGCAGGUAUACAUGUAUGUCACAUAUUUUUAUUACUGGGUUUGUUUUGUAAUAGAUUUCAGAGUAGACCAACUGAAACAGAAGUUGGGAGGGCUGCCAUGUAACUAAGGUAAAAAAAAUAAUUUUUUUGCCAAUGUAAUGUUUUUUAAAAAAAAAUACUUUUUGUCUUCAAUUAUGUUUUUUUUGUACCUAUUGUUUUUCGAGGAAGCUGUGUACUAGUCAGAUAAACUGAUGAUUUUAAGUGUACAUAUAUUUUACAAUUUGUUAAGUGUGUCUCAUAAAAUGUAUUUGUUAUUGGUAAUAUUAAGUUUUCGUUGUCUUUUUCUGUGAUCUGUAGAAUAGUGCAUAUGAGUCUUUUUACUGAAAUAGGCCAUUGUAAACUGUUGGAAUUUACCUUAAAGUCCGAUACUACAAUAAACAGCAAUAUAAAACAAAA